AUGGUGAGGUAUGUGAGGUUUAUCUACUGUUCCGUUAUUAUCAUCCAAUACACUACACUACUUGACGAUAAUGUUAUCAGCAAGUUCACUUUACAUCUUUUCAAAAGUGAAGGUUUUAUUGAUGAAUGGGCUGUGACAUUUUAUGAAAUAGUUGUGAGAAGGAAGAAGAGGAAAGAUGACCUCUCUACUUAUCCUCAACAAUGUGUACCACUUUCCAUCUGUAUUCGUCAGGAACAACUAUUUAAUGGUAAAAAAUUGUUAGUUUGCGGAGUUGAUUCUUCAACGAGUAGUAUCCAUCCACCAGUGCAGCAUCGUGCUCUACAAUUACCCCAAUUACCACUACCCGAAGAACUGGAUUAUGGUGGGGAAAUUCCGAACUGUCGCGACGGUGGAAAACCUCUACUAGCCGCAGAUAUUGGAAUUCAUACAUGUGACAAAAAUUGUCCCGAAGGAUUCCGAUGUGAAUACAAAACAGCGAAUGAUACUACGAGGAAAGGUAUAUGUUGUCCAAACUUGAAAGAGUUGGAAAAAAUUUACAAUGAGGAUGAGAAACUGGAUAGAACUAUCAAGAACUGA